AUGAAUAUGACUCCCUCUGCCAACCUGCUGCUGCUCCUGUUCGGCCUCUCUCAGGCCUAUCCUAUAAUGGAGGAAGGAAGCGGAGCAGAGGCCCAAGUGGACGAAGAUGACACCGUCGACAUCAGCACCAGGAUUCUGACCUCCAACAACGGCACCAAUGAGAUUCUGUUGGAAGGAGACCUGUUGGCUCCCAGUACCAGAAACGCCAUGACGUGCUGGUCCCAGAAGUGCCUGUGGAAGAAAGCCUCCAACGGCCUGGUGACGAUUCCCUUUACCAUAAACAGUCAGUUCACCAGCAGGGAGAGGCAAUCGAUCGACCGCGCUAUGAAGGCCUACCACAGCAGCACCUGCCUCCGCUUUGUCCCCCGUCGGAACGAGAAUGACUACAUCAGCGUUGAGAACAAAGCCGGAUGCUUCUCCUCUCUGGGCAGAACGGGAGGCAGACAGGUGCUCUCUCUCAACAGGCAGGGCUGCGUCUACUACGGCAUCAUCCAGCACGAGAUCAACCACGCUCUGGGCUUCCAGCACGAGCAGACCAGGAGCGAUCGCGACAACUACGUCCGGAUCAACUGGGAGAACAUCAACCCGCAGAUGGCCUACAACUUCCACAAGCAGGACACCAACAACCUGAACAGUCCCUACGACUACUCCUCCAUUAUGCACUAUGGAAAAACAGCCUUCUCCAUCCAGCAUGGGAAGGACUCCAUCACUCCCAUCCCCAACCCAAAUGCCCAGAUCGGCCAGAGGAAAGGCAUGUCCCACUGGGACGUCAAGAGGAUCAACCUGCUUUAUGGGUGCCAAUAA